CUUUUCUGAUAUAUUUUAUAAUCGUAUGUAAAUAUACUCAGUAAUUUAAACGAGAAUUUUCUAUGUACUCUCUCUAUCAUAUAAAGAAUGUAAAUUCUGUGUGUCAAACUAUUUUAGAUGACGAGUCCAAGGUUACUUUUAGUAUCAAAUUCCAAAUUAUAUGGGGAAGAUUUUUUUGAAUGGUGUUCAGAAACUUUAAAAUCUUUUUUCAAGAAAAAUAAUGUGAAGAAGCUGUUGUUUGUUCCUUAUGCAUCCAGAGAUUAUGAUGGUUAUGUUAAGAAGAUUGAACCUGCUCUUAAAAAACAAGGCUUAGAAGUAGAAAGCAUUCAUCAAAAAUCAGAUCCUGUUGCUGCUGUUCGUGAAAGUCAAGGAAUUUUUAUUGGUGGAGGUAAUACAUUUUUACUCCUGAAAACUCUUUAUGAGCAAAAACUUAUUGAGCCUAUCCGAGACUGUGUUUUAAAUAAAGAUAUACCAUAUAUGGGAUCUAGUGCUGGAACAAAUGUUGCUACAAGAUCAAUAAACACUACUAAUGAUAUGCCAAUUUGUAUGCCACCAUCAUUUGAAGCUUUGAAAUUAGUGCCUUUCAACAUAAAUCCCCAUUACAUUGAUACAGAUCCUAACAGCACACAUAUGGGUGAAACAAGAGAAGAUAGGCUCUUAGAAUUUCUUCGUGAGCCAGACUGUGCCCCAGUUUUGGCUCUCAGAGAAGGUAGUGGUUUGAUUGUAGAAGAUGGAAAAAUUUCAUUAUUUGGACGAAAAAAUGCUAGAUUCUUUAAAAAGGGCCAAGAUCCAAUUGAAUAUGAACCUGGCACUGAUCUUUCAUUUUUAUUGAAUAUGAAAUGUUAAUACACUUUUAAUAUGCUGUUUAGAAAUUUGAAAAUUAUUUCAAUUAAGAGCAAUAAUAAGAAAGCUGAACUUCUGAGCAAAAAUUGUUGGUUACUGUUUAAUUUUUUACAUUCAAAGGCAAUAUAUUAUUAAAAAUGCAGUCAAAUUUUUGUAAUUUAAAAUACAUAUUUUCUUGUUCAAGUUUUCAGUGUUAUUUUACUGUAUAAUAAACUGCCUUGAUAAAAAUAUCUUUAUACUUAAAUAAAUUAUUUUUUAAAUGAUA